AUGCCUGGCACUCGACUGUUGAAACGUGAUUGGGAGAAGGAUCACGUCUAUUUGGUGCAAUUUCCACGGGCCGGAUGCAUUCCAUCCCCGUCACCGUUUGCUUUGAAGGUAGAGACAUGGUUGAGAAUGGCUGAUAUACCUUAUACGAAUAUCAACAAUGAGUUCACAAAGUUCUCCAACAAAGGUCAGAUUCCGUUCGUCGAAGUGAACGGACGACAAGUUGCCGAUAGUAAUUUCAUUAUUGAUCAUCUGAUUGAGGAAUUCCAUAAGAAAAGCAUCGACGAACGCCUUUUACCAAUCGAGAAGUCCUAUGCACGUGCAUUUCACGCACUAAUUGAGGAUAGUCUUCGAUGGGUAUUGGUCUAUCAACGGGGUCGUGACAACAAAUGGUUUGCUUCCGAACAAGGUUUCCUGCCACUUCUCCACGGUGUCAAAAAAUUUGCAUUUAAAAAUUUUUUCUGCGAAAGAAUCCGGAAGAAAAUUCAAACCAUGGUCCAUGCCCAGGGAAUGGGUCGAAAUACACCAGAGGAGGUUUUAAUACUAGCUAAAAAAGAUCUUAACGCUAUGAGCAUGUUUCUCGGGAACAAGAGGUUCUUCUUCGGUGACAAACCCGUUACGCUCGAUUGCGAUAUGUUUGCAUUUUUGUCACAAUUUCUUUACACGCCACUUGUUCAACCGGAAAUAAAAACAUAUAUGGAGGAACAUUGUCAGAAUUUGGUCAAGUUUGUUGAGCGAAUGAAGGAAUCAUAUUGGCCAGAUUGGGAGGAAGCGACAAAGAAUCGCAGUAUGGACAGUAAAUGGAAGAAAUAA